GUAUGAUCCGCAGUUGAGGAGGGUGGAGGCGUUGAGGGAGUUCGUGUGUCCGAUUGUUUAUGAGGAGGGGGGUGCUGCGGCGGGUAAGGAUAAUUGGAUUAAGAGGGCUUCGGAUAAGCAGGAGAAGUGGCUGUCGGAGAGGCAGAAUAGUUCGAUUGUGGGGAAGAGGGAGAAGGCUGGGAAGUGGAUGAGUGAGGCGGAGGAGGCGGAGAAGCAGCUGAAUGUCAAGAUUGAGGAGGUUGAGCUUGCGAAGGAGGCUGCGAGGGCUAGGGCUAGGGAGAGGAUCGAGGGUCCGUUGGGGGAGUCGUUGCAGGGCCGGGGCAUGAUUCAGGAUGAUUUGGACAAGGAUUUGAAGAAGCUGGAUAAGACCUUGGCGAAGCUUGUUAAGGAGAGGGAGAAGAAGGUUACGAAGAUGAUGCAGAAGGGUGAACGACGUCUGCAGAGUGUGGAGAAGAAAGAGAGCCGUAUUGCGCAGAAGGUGAUGUGGGUGGUGGUGACGGGGGAUGAUGGGACGGGCUUUCAGAACCAUCUUUUUGAGGAGUCGGAGACUUGA